AUGAACAACGAUCAACAAUUCAACAUCUCUGACAAGCAAAAGGACGAAUUCAAAAACAAUGGUUUCCUAUUAAUCGAUGAGAUCCUAACAAAGGAUGAAGUUGAAUCAAUUGCUUGUAGAGUUGAACCUUUAUUCAAUGAAGAUUAUCCAAAAAAUAUUCUUCCAGAUGAAUUAAAUUGGAGACCAAAUUUAUCAAGAAAUGAUACUACUCGUGAACUUGCCAAUGCAUUCAAGUGUGAUCCUAGUUUUGCUAGAGUUGCAUUGAGUGAAAAGUUGGGAAAGGUUGCUGCCGAUUUAAUGGGUUGGGAAGGUGCUCGUCUUGCUCAAGAUGAUUUAUUUUGGAAACCAAUUGGUGGAGGUCCAAUCAAAUUCCAUCAAGAUGAACCAUAUUUAACUUUUUUCAAUCCAGUUUCAGUUGUCACUAUUUGGUUGGCAUUGACUGAUGUUUCUACAGAGAAUGGUACUUUAGAGUAUGUAAAGGGAAGUCAUAAAUGGAACACUCAUUCUGGUAUGGUCAAGAAUUUCCAUGUUCCACCAUCUUACACCAAGAACCUAAACGAAGCUGCUCAAAAGGAAGGUAUUGAAAAACCAGAUGUUGUCCCAGUUGUAGUCCCCAAAGGUGGUUGUGGUAUUCACCAUGGUUUGACUUGGCAUGGAUCAGGUUCAAAUACUAGUAUGAAGAAUGAGAGAAUGGCCUAUGCAUUAUGUUUUAUUCCAGACAAGACUAAAUUCAAAGAAAAGGAUGUUGGAUUCAUCUAUGGUAGAUACAAGUUACACAAUUCUGUAGAGAUGGAAGAAAGUUUCUUCCCAAUCACCUAUUCCAAGGAUGGUUAUAAAUCUGAAAGCAUAAACUCUUUUAUCAAUUAA